AUGGAUAAAGGAGCAGCAGCAGCACCUGAGCAUGUGCUGCCUUCUCCCUCGCAGAUCACUCAAUCCUUGAACAACCUACACAAGCAACUUCCUCCUCGCGGACUUGGUUUCGAGGCCGCCAAACAGCAUUUAAAGCAAGAUAUGGCUCCUGCUCUCAAUGCGAACAGCCAAUCUUCCCGCUACUAUGGCUUUGUGACUGGAGGCGCAACUCCUGCUGCUAUCUUCGCCGACAACAUGGUCACCGAGUAUGACCAGAACGUCCAAGUUCAUCUGCCCGAGGAGACCAUAGCCACGGAUGUCGAAGCCGCUGCCUUGGACAUGGUGUGUGAAUUGGUUCGUCUGGAUCCGACAGUAUGGAAGCACAGGACCUUCACCACAGGCGCUACGGCAUCCAAUAUACUCGGCCUUGCUUGUGCUCGUGAGCAUAUUAUCAAGACUGCCGCAGCUCGACGUGGUGUCACGGCAGAUGUUUCGUCCCAAGGUCUCUUCGCUGCCAUGCGAGCUGCUGGUAUUCAUAAUAUUCGGAUUCUGACUACCACACCUCAUAGCUCACUCAAGAAAGCGGCGUCUAUUCUUGGUCUCGGACAUGAUAGUGUGAAUACUAUGUGCGAACAUGGAGUGAACAACCCUUACACAUUUGAUAUGGCACAGCUCGAGGAGGCACUACAGACGGGAGGCAGAAACAUAGCUACGAUCAUCUCAGUAUCUUGCUCUGAAGUCAACAGCGGCCUCUUCGCUACCGACGCUAACCUCAUGCUUCGCCUCCGCACGCUGGCUACUCGACACGGCGCCUGGCUGCACGUGGACGCGGCAUUUGGUCUACUCGCUAGGAUCCUUCCAUCCAACGCAGAGUACGAAUAUCUGAAGGACGGUGCAGGCGAGCUCCACCUCGCAGACUCGAUAGCUGCCGACGCACACAAGCUAUUCAAUGUUCCCUACGAUUGCGGCAUCUUUCUCUCGAAACACCUAGAUACUGCCACAGCUGUCUUCCAGAACCCAGGCGCACCAUACUUGAAUGCUCCUGACGGCACCGUACCUUCACCACUAAACAUUGGCAUUGAGAACUCGAGACGAUUCAGAGCUUUGCCCGUGUAUGCAAACCUGGUUGCUUACGGACGAGAUGGAUUCGUCGAAAUGCUCGAACGCCAGAUUGAACUCGCUCGUGAGAUUGCCGCUUACAUUGAUGCAAGUGAUGCCUACAGGCUUCUUCCCUCUAAGUACCACGAAGAAGGCUACAAUGAGCAGACUAUCUUCAUCAUUGUCUUGUUCAAAGCAGUCAAUUCAGACUUGAACGCAGAACUGAAACAGAAAAUCAACGCCACGAGGAAGAUUUAUGUUUCAGGAACCACUUGGCAGGGUGAAUCAGCAUGCAGGUUCGCGAUUUCGAACUGGAGAUCUAGCGUUCAGCAAGACUUCGAAGUCAUCAAGGAGGUGUUGGAUGGCGUUGCUGCUAGCUCUGUCAAUAGAAUUGCUUAA